AUGUCUUCUCUCACCCGAACUUUCAAGAAUUUUCUCAAAAUAGGCCCUAAAGAGUACUUGAGGCAAAUGAUGUAUAUUGGUGAUACUAAAGCUGGAACUCUUGUUGGAAUAGAUCAAUUUGGAAACAAAUAUUAUGAAAAUAUAGAGGAGUUUUUCGAGUUGCUGAGCGAGGGUCGAGAUCGAUGGGUAGAUUAUGCCAAACACUAUGGUGAUGCUAGUCAAAUUCCUCCGGAAUGGCAUAGCUGGAUGCAUAAGAUUACGGAGCUUCCUCCUACUAUGGAUCCUCCACCACGUCCAAAGUACAUCUCCCCUUUUACCGAGAAUUUUACAGGAACUCGUAAAGCUUUUAAGACGUAUAAUACAACAGCUCCUAAAAUUCUCUCUUGGGAACCAAAAGUUAAUCAAAGGAUAAAUUAG